CCUUGGACAUCCCAGUCAACUGGACACAGGCUGAUUAGUAUGCCGGCCGAGAACCAAAGUAAGUGUGAACGGACAGAGCCGUCGUUACGCAACCGAGGACUCAGCUGACAACUGUGAAGAUAAUUCUUUUAGAGACACAAAGUUUCGGAGCUAUUCUACACAUGUCGUCUGUGGUGUAAUCAGACUAUAGGCUACAUCUGACUAAAGAUAGGGUCUAGCCUACAGGACGAACACAGCAGCAGACUGGCCCAGGACAAGUAGCCUACUGCUGAAGUUUGCCCAAGUGAAAGCCAUGCUAAACACACCGUCAGAAAGCAACGGGAAUUCACCCCGGGAUCCUGUAUCGAUCAAUGUUGGGGGUGAGGUGUACACGACUACGCUGGACACACUCACGCGUUGCCGUGACUCCAUGCUUGGCGCAAUGUUCACGGGGCAGAUACCGUUACUCAGAGACCGGCGCGGGAACUACUUUAUUGAUCGGGACGGGAAAGUGUUCCGGUACAUCCUGAAUUACCUGCGCUCAAACACGCUGGAUCUACCUGAAGGCUUCAAGGAGUUGGCGCUGCUGAAGCGCGAGGCGGAUUUCUUCCAGAUUCGCCCGUUGCUGGAUGAGAUUCGUCGCCACGAGACCGGCAGUGGUACAGCAGUGAGUUGUCGCGCUGCUAUGUUGAAUGUUACUAUAGAAAGUGCCAUGCGCGUUCUGCACUUCAACUUAAAGCGUGCACCUGAAAAUUAUGAACUGAGGUCAUGCGCUGUGCGCAUGUACGUGGCAAAUGUUUUCUGCACAUCGCGCGCUGUCGUGGAGCUGAUGUGCGUGCGCUUCUCCUACUCUUCAAGAGAUGGCCCUGUUGCUCCACAACCGGACAACACCAGGCAGAACUGUCUGCGCUUGGAGUGGGUCCCUUGUCCCGACGAACUACCGCGAGACCAGCACGAGAAGCAAGGGUUCCGGGAGCUGAAGACAGAGUGCGGCGCAGGGUUGCGUGAUGCACCCGCCUUCAUGGAAGAACUGCUCCGAGUUGCUCUCUGCGAAGGAUUCCGAGUAGACUCCGUGUUCCCGGAUCCGUCUGAUAUCCUGAACUGUAGUGUAUUGCGGUUUGUGCGCUAUUGAGCCGUCCCAAAAACCAUCAAUGGUUCAAUAGUUGUGGAAGUCUAUGCGCCCUGCCCUGCACA